AUGGCGACGUCGUCAAACAUGGGCGCGUUGACAACAACGUUUGCCCCACCCAGCAACUGCAAUCAACUCUACUACGCCGAAAAUGUGGGCGGGUGGUACCAAUACGAAGACACGACGACGUGCUUUCCAUCGAGCUUCAACCGUAAUUACACAGCCUACUACUCACCAGGCGUGUGUUUCUCAGGCUACACCAUCGCCGGCAUCACAACUGACGCGUCCACCACCGGCGUGUCGGUCGCCACCUGCUGUCCGAGCGGGUAUACCACUAUCGCCAACCGGCGGGCAAAAGACAUCGACGCGUGCCGAUCCAAGUUUGCUUCGUCGACGGUCACGGUUGUCGAUGUGAGGAGUUACAGCGGGGAUUUACUGGCGUCGUCGGGGAACACGGCGACGACUAUUCUUGCGGGCGACUGGGUGAAUGCUUAUGGACCCAUUCUACGGCGAGAGUCAACCGAUCCUGAAUGGGACACCGCCGUUGUCGAUACCUUAACAACCAGUGCUACCAGUACCACCAGUACCGGGACCUCAGUAUCGCCCGGGAGCACGGCAGGGACUUCGGGGAUCCCGAGUGUCACAGCGGGCUCGAACACAUCCUCGUCUUCGGCUUCGGCUUCGACUUUGGGUUUGAGCCCCGGCGCCAAAGCCGGCAUCGGAGUCGGCGUCUCAAUCGGUGCACUCGUGGUCAUCGGCGCCGUAGCCGCGGCUUAUUUCCUAGGCAGACGGAGUCGGCGCCAGAAAAGCUUAGCUCCUGAGACUACCGAGCCGCAAGACCACAAUCGUCCGCCUCCUACAGAGAACCAUCCGCAGGACCCGCAGGAUAACACGGCUUACGCACCUGCCUACGAACCUGCCCCGUAUGUGCCGUAUACGGAUGCGCACACGCACACGUACAUGCCCACACACGCACAGAAUACCUGGCCGCAGGAAGUAUCGGCGAUGUCACCAGCUGCACACGAGGUGGAUUCGGGGCCAAUGAAGUUCGAGUUGGCUACUGAGCGCCAAUGA